AUGUUCCACUCACGUAGCCUUUCUGUUCGCAUCUAUCUAUCUAUCUAUCUAUCUAUCUAUCUAUCUAUCUAUCUAUCUAUCUAUCUAUCUAUCUAUUAUGGUUCCUUAUCUAUCUAUCUAUCUAUCUAUCUAUCUAUAUAUCUAUCUAUCUAUCUUAGUCUGUUCAUACUAUCUAUCUAUCUAUCUAUCUAUCUAUCUAUCUAUCUAUCUAUCUAUUAUGUCUGUUCAUACUAUCUAUCUAUCUAUCCAUCUAUCUAUCUAUUCAUCUAUCUAUCUAUCUAUCCAUCUAUUAUGGUUCCUUAUCAUCUAUCUAUCCAUCUAUCUAUCAUCCAUCUAUAUAUCUAUUCAUCUAUCUUUAGUCUGUUCAUACUCAUCUAUUCAUCUAUCUAUCUAUCUAUCUAUCUAUCUAUCUAUCUAUCUAUCUAUUAUGGUUCCUUAUCAUUCUAUCUAUCAUCUAUCUAUCUAUCUAUAUAUCUAUCUAUCUUUAGUCUGUUCAUACAUUCAUCUAUCUAUCUAUCUAUCUAUCAUCUAUCUAUCUAUUAUGGUUUCAUAUCUAUUCAUUCAUUCAUCUAUCUAUUCAUCUAUCUAUCUAUAUAUAUAUCUAUAUAUCAUCUAUCUAUCUUAGUCUGUUCAUACUAUCUAUCUAUCUAUCUAUCUAUCUAUCUAUUCAUUCAUCUAUCUAUCUAUCUAUUAUGGUUUUAUCUAUUCAUCUAUCUAUCUAUCUAUCUAUCUAUAUAUCUAUCUAUCUUAGUCUGUUCAUACUAUCUAUCUAUCUAUCUAUCUAUCUAUCUAUUCAUCUAUCUAUCUAAUUCUGUUCAUGUCUGCCUAUCUAUAUACAGCCAUUUCCAUACACAGAUUAUAAGCUUUUCCAUGCACAGUUUUCUAUAUGUAACUAUUUCCCGUUGGGUUCUAUCUAUCUAUCUAUCUAUCUAUCUAUCUAUCUAUCUAUCUAAUCUAUCUGUCAUCCUAAUGUCUGUAAUGUCUGUCUAUUCAUUCUCUCUCUCUCUCUCUCUCUCUCUCUAUCUAUCUAUCUCAGAUUUUCCAUUUCUGAAUUUUUCUUUUCUGUCUGAGGUGAACCGAAAACAACGUGAUUUAUAUCUAUCUAUCUAUCUAUCUAUCUAUCUAUCUAUCUAUCUAUCUAUCUAUCUAUCUAUAUAUGAAGAAAUAUAUUUCAACUCACGUCAUAUCUAUCUAUCUAUCUAUCUAUCUAUCUAUCUAUCUAUCUAUCUAUAUAUAUAUAUAUAUAACACCUCUGUUUCUGUUUUUCAUCUAUCUAUCUAUCUAUCUAUCUAUCUAUCUAUCUAUCUAUCUAAACUUCUCCAUAUCUAUCUAUCUAUCUAUCUCAUGACUGAGUGGUUGUUACCUUUUAAUAUACUGUUAAGAAAAAUCUAUCUAUCUAAAUACAUACACAAAUUCUUGCACGUAUCGUUUCGCGACUGUUUGGUUGUUUAUAAGUCGUCGAAUGCCGGCUUGGGGGGAAGAGAUUCUAUGGACGGCUUUCAUUCGAAGUAUUAUCCAAGAAAGAAAGAGGAAUAG